AGUACAACUUCCUGGAGGAUCUUGACGAGCCAGACACGGAGGACUUCAGGAACGACCGUGCCGUGAGGAUCACGAAGAAAGAAGUUAAUGAGCUGAUGGAGGAGCUGUUUGAGACGUUUCAGGAUGAGAUGGGCUUCUCCAAUGUAGAGGAUGAAGGGCCAGAGGACGAGGAUAGUGCUGCAGAAGGCCGGCCAAAUUUUAACACUCCGCAGGUGCUCAGGUUUGAGGAGCCCCUGGCCAACUUGCUGAACGAGCAGCACCGGACGGUCAAGGAGCAGCUGGAGCAGCUGCGCAUGAAGAAGUCGGCCGCCAAGCUGCCCCAGGAAGCGGAGAGGCUGAAGCUCCGCGAGAAGCCGGUCCAAACCCUGGUGCUGGACGCCGGGCAGAAGAAGAGGCUGCAGCAGCAGAUGCAACAGCACGUGCAGCUCUUGACCCAAGCCUACCUUCUCAGCAGCUGCAACCCCAGCCUGAGCUGCGAGGCCAGCACCACACGGCUCUGUCUUACCGAGCUGGGAACUUUCGCUCAGAGCUCCGAUCUCCGCCAGCCUUGGGGCCCUCAAUUCCAGACCACGUUCAGCGCGUGCAACUAAGGAUGCCUGCAGCUCAUCAAGGACUUCGACUCGCACGUUAAGAUCGAAUGGGAGCCCCCCGCAAAGCGGUAAGAAGACGUCGCGACUUUGUUUUGCCUGCCGAAGCAGGUUGCGUGGAUUUUGGCCACACGGAGGGUCUUCAUGUACCCAGUGCUGCCCACCUGCUCCUUAAAGGCCAAGUUGCCCCGGGACAAGAUUAUCUUCACGAAAGGGGAAGACAAUUUGUUAGCCUUGGGACUGAAGCAUUUCGGAGGGACAGAGUUCGCCAAACCCUCUGAUCGACAGGUACCUCUGGUGACCAAGACAGCCCGCCAGCUGACAGUGCGGAUCAAGAACCUCAAUAUGAACCGGGUCCCCGACAACAUCCUAAAACACUAUAAGACAACGAAGCAAUUGCCUAGCCUGCCGACUUGUGACGAGGAUCCGCCUGGGAAUGGAACCCCCGUGGAACAAGAGGAGCAUCGUUUGCCCUUCUGGUUGAG